AAACAAUCUCUUGACGAGCGUCCUUGUUUUCAGCGUUCUUCUAUCUUCUCGUUCGAUAUUCACUGGCGUCCUUGACUCAAUAGGUCGACUAUAAUAGGUUUUUUUAAUGUGUCCGGCUGUCCUCAAUUCAGUUUCCAUGUGUUUGAUAUCAGCUACAAAAGCAUCAUUGUCUUUUGUCUUGAACAUAACAAUAACUCCGAGUGAUCAGUCGGAAAAGGGAACAGGCGCGAUACUAUGGGCUAAAUGGGACGGACGGAUAGGUAAAUGGGCUGGACUGGCACAUGGGAUGGAGUUUUUCUGUUCUUUUCUUUUUCUCUUUGCCUCUUGUUUCUUCUUUUCUCCAAUGCUUCUUAUUUUCAUAUUGCCGGCGUGUUUUCUACUCCCUUCCACUGCUUCUGUCUCUGUGACUGACUUGGCUUGAGAAUCUCGGCCUUUCUACCUACUUAGCUUAGUUAGCUAGCUUGAGAGUUUCAAUUUCUCUCGUACAACCAACUUAGAU